AUGUGGCGCUUCGCCGCCCGCCGCCGCCGCAGCCCGCGGAGCCCAGGGAGGGCCCGCGCGAGCCCACGCCCCGCCGUCGUCUGCCUCCCGCGCCCGAGGCCUCGCCGCCGUCUCCCGCCGCCUCCGCGUGCGCCGCCGUGCCCCGUCGCCCACCGGCCGGGGCGCCGCCGUUCGCCACCACCACCCGCCGUGCUCACCGCCGCCGCCGCGUGCUUCCCCUCCGCCGUCGCCCGCGAGCCCCGCCAUCCCCCUCGCCGCGCCGCGCCUCCCUCCUCUUCCUCAGCGCCGGCGACCUCGAGCUCAAACGCCGGCCCGACCAGAUCUCGAUCCAAUGCCUCGUGCGUUGACUUUCUCUCCUUCCCCGAAUUCCUCUAA